CGCACACGAGUUCCGCUGAAACGCGCCGCCGUUGUUCCCCCGCGCGGUUAGCCGCCCGACGGCGCGCCGUUUCCCCCCUGCCCAGAUCUUCCGCCCUUCCGCCCCUCUGCUCCGAAAUCGACGCCGGCCUCCACCGCCCGCCCGCCCGCCCAUCUGCUCCGGCACCUCCUCUGUGCAGCCCGGCGCGGCCAGAUGGAGGCGGCGGCGGCCGGAAGGGGCCUGGACCUGGCUGGCCCGCUCCGCGACCUCCUCCCGCCGGUGGACUUCUGCUGCGCGUACGGCUCCACCCUCACCCACGCCCGCCCCGACGCCACCUCCAUGGUCGACUACAUCCUCGGCGUCGCCGACCCCCUCCAGUGGCACUCCGAGAACUUGGCGAGGAACCCCACGCAUUACUCUAGCUGGAUGGCACGCCGUGGCCCCGAAUCCGUCACUUGGCUCGCAGAUCGUGUCGGUGUCGGGGUGUACUUUAAUCCCUUUGUCGAGUGGGGAGACAAGAGGAUCAAGUAUGGGGUCGUAGCGAUGAAGGACCUGGCGACGGAUAUCUUGACCUGGGACCAGUUCUACCUAAGUGGCCGACUGCAGAAACCUGUUCGUGUUCUUGUCGAUAACUGGGAUAUAAGGAAAGUUAACACAGUUAAUCUGAAAAUGGCAGCUGCAGCUUCUCUGCUUCUUUUGCCAGAAGAAUUCACUGAGUAUGACCUAUACGCAAAAAUUUGCAGCCUAUCUUAUAUGGGUGACAUAAGGAUGUUAUUUGCCGAAGACAAAUAUAAGGUCAAGAAGAUUGUGGACGGUAGUUUCCAGCCAUUUCAAUCGAUGUACAGACCCCUGAUACAUGAGUAUAUUUGUGAAGGGAUACUGAAGAUGUCAGAUUACAGACAACAAAAGGCUUUCAAGCAGGACUGUGGUGUAUCUGCAACGAACGAACUGUUUUCUUCUCUCCCGCGUAUGAUCCAAAGGAGACUGCAGGGAAGAUUCACAUCGAAUAGCACAGAAAUACCGACUCACAUACCGACCCGCACGUUGGUUCCAUCGAAAGAGGUGGCAGCGGCAUCCGUCCGCACGGCUCUUAGGCGCCGCGUAAUGGUUUCGAGCGCACGGCAAGCAGCUUGCGGGCUGCUCGCCGCUGGCGGCAUGGUCGCCGCGCGGUACCUGGGGAAGAAAAUGUCCAAGGCCUUGAGCACCCGAUGUUUGACGUUUUUUUAGUUAUUAUACAUACGGAAGGCGUGGCUUCCCCUAGUUUAACAUGCAGGAUAUGUUUGUUGUAGACUUAAAAGAGUGUGCUGGUGGGUUGAAUCAAAGGUUGGAAGCCUGGUGACCCACAACGUUCUAUGAAAAUCGUGUGGAAUUUCAUGGGGGAGUCAGUUUUGCCGGAUCAUUCCGGAGUAACGUCUGGUGCUGCUGAACAAUACUAACCGUUAGCAUACAUAGAAAGUUACAUGGCACUCUGUCUUUUGUUGAAUGUUGUAUACUUUUUUUUUUGGGACGUCAUGCGGUGCCAUAUGGUUGUACUUGCAGCAAAUUCUACAUGCAGAUAGUUACUGCUCCAAGAACCUCCUCUGAUUUCCUUGUGGCUGGAACACGGCAACAUUGUGUUGUUUUUGUUUUUCUGUCGAGCUGAAUGUUGAUGCU